AUGGAUGAGCUGGUUCACUUUAUGGACUACGACAAUCUCACCAACCGUUAUGAUCAUUUUGUACUGGCAGGCGCUUCGCUCUGCUGUGUUACCGAUGAUCUUACCUCACAUUAUGAUGCUAAAAUGCUGAAGGCAUUUAAUAAAUUCCAUCAUUGGAGAGAUAGCAUGUACGAUCAUAUCCAACUGGCUAUUACCCUGCAUGGCAUUAAAGACAUCUAUAUUGUAGAACAUGCAGAAUGCGGGGCCUAUGAAAACUUCCUGAAGAAAGGAACGUUUAGUUCAGAUCAGGAAGAAUUGGACAGCCACCGUAAAUUUGCCGCCCAGUUAAAGGACAAUAUCAAGGCGCAUCCUACACCUGAGAUCAACAGCCUGCACGUCCAUACUUUCCUGAUGGAUACAAGGGGCAAUGUGCAGCUGAUGGACACCACAAAUCCAUCAUAA